UCAUCCCCUUCUCUCCAGCAUGUCCCCUCCUCACAGCCCACUCUAACUGCAUGCUUUCUACAUUUCCACAACCAGCCUCCAGACUUUGGCCCAUUUUGCCUGGGAGAUGAUGGACAGCCGGAUACUAGAGCACCCCCAUGCCCAGUUUGGAGGCUCUCUAAGUGGGAUGGUGGGCUUUCCUUACCAUCUUAGCCACCAUCAUGUCUAUGAAUUAGCCGGGCACCAGCUCCAAUCUGCGGCCGCGGUUCCUUUCUCCAUAGACGGAUUACUGAACGGUUCCUGCACUGCCUCUGUGGUAAACUCGAAUUCUCUCCUCUCUUCUGGGUGCGGUGUGAACGGAGACAACCAGUACAAAUUGACAGAUUCUAAUGACCCGGACAAAGACAGCCCCGGUUGCAAAAGACGAAGAACUCGUACCAAUUUCACAGGCUGGCAGCUGGAAGAACUGGAGAAAGCGUUCAAUGAGAGUCACUAUCCAGACGUGUUCAUGAGGGAAGCUCUGGCGUUGAGACUGGACUUAGUCGAGUCCCGAGUUCAGGUUUGGUUCCAAAACCGCAGAGCUAAGUGGAGAAAAAAAGAAAACACAAAGAAGGGACCGGGGCGACCUGCUCACAACUCGCACCCUACCUCGUGCAGCGGUGAGCCAAUGGAUCCGCAAGAAAUAGCACGGAGAGAGCUAGAGAGGAUGGAGAAAAGGAAGAGAAAACAAGAAAGAAAGCUUUUGAAAAGCCAAAACAAACUUCUCUCUGGAGACUUCCUUCACACUCCAGGAUCAGACAGCGACAGUGGGCUUUCGCAGAUAAUGGAUAACCAAAUUGAAUCAAGCUCGAGCCGGGCGCAGUCUGAGCAUGGGGCGCGAAACAAAACCGAACCGAGCUGUGACCAAACGCGACAAAAACUCCAGAGCCAAAGAAACCUGGGCCAAGAUGCUAGUGGAUCAGAGCAGGACUCCUCCGAUAGCAACCAUAACUCGAACUUGUGUCAUAACAGCAGAGCUUCCAGCAUUCAGAAACUGAACCCUUUUAGUGUGGAAAGUCUUCUUUCGGACUCCACACCCCGCAGGAAAACCAACCUGGAUUUCUCCGGUUUAUCCACCCCACGGCCCCUUAUAGGUAAAGGACAUUUCUUACUAUACCCCAUCACUCAGCCUCUCGGCUUCAUUGUACCACAAACUGCAUUAAAAACAGCAUCAAGUCCCGAGUCAGCUAACUCGGGAUACAAGAGCUUACCAACAGACAGCCACAGACAACUGAGCUUAACAACCGCAAAUCCAGGACAAAAUGAUAACAAUUCCGGGCCUGCAAACAAAGAACAGCCGAGUCAUUCCGGGAAACGCGCCAGCUCACCACAGAGAAACCCGGGCGAAACCACAUACCCUAGAACAAGUGUUCAGUCACAGGGCACUUUCAGCGAAUCUCCUCAGCAGCAGACAGAUUCAACCCAUAUCCAGCCAAAGUCUCCCAAUUCAGACACAAAAGAAAAUUCUGCACGAGAAAAUUCAGACUUUUCGGAGACAACUAAAACAAAUUGUCCCAUCGAAAUAAGUACUGCCUGUGAAGAUGUUGAUAUGGACUAAUUAACGUAAUUAAUAAAUACAAUAUAACAUAUAAUAAAACGCUAAAGACUUCUCACAUUCCCAAAGCUUGACACAAGAUACAAAAAAAAAAAAAAACUUUUUUAUAUCAGAAUAUGUAAACUUAUCAUUUAAAAGUUUAUCUAUCGAUAUUCAAAUUCAGGUGGAACAAAAAUAAAUGUGUAUUGCUUUGGUUAUAAAAUGUUUAUUGAAAUAUUAGCAGCAGGACUUUCUUGUGUGAACAAACUGAAAAAAAGAACAAACAACAGAAAUCCUCAGACAUUGUAAAAUGAAAAAAAAAAAGUAUUAAAAUAUUUAUAUAUGUAACAUUUUGAUAAAUAAAGUUAUUGUAAAAGGAGCUCAAUGUGUGUGCGCCUAUAAUAAAUAGUUUUAGGUAAAUCCUCUCUUUCCAGUAAAGUCCGUUUUCGUGUUUGUGUUUAUUGCUUUAACAAAUUUAUUCAUUUAAAAGCUCCCUGAAAUGAGGUUAGGAGCCGGAGGCGAUAGGACCCGGCCGGCUCCUGCAGAGUUUUGAUAUGAAAGUAAUUAUUUUCCCGGUGGCUGCUGCAGGGAUUCAGUUUUUUGUUAGCCCAAAGGGUUAUUAUACAUUACCGAUUUCUAGUGAUAUGGAAUCACAUAAACUUCCUACAAUAAUAGAAUUAGCAUGAAAGGCUGGGGUGUCAAAUUGAAAUUGAAAAAUAAUAGCCCCGGCAGCUGGGAGAGUGUGUGUGCAUAUUGGAUAGGAGAUGGGAAUUCGUGGGGCGGAAUUUUCAUGAGCUUUUCUCUUUGUCAGGGCUCUUGUGGCUGGCUAUAUUAAGAUAGAUGUUCGAUGAUAUCCUUCAUUGUUCUGUCGCUUAUAUUGAUGUUCCUGUGUUAUCAGCCUAUUGAUCAUGUGUCUCCCGUAAUAGGACAGGCGCAGCAAACGCGCCUCUUUACAAAAGCAGAACACAUUUGUUCUAAUAGGGUUGGGGUCCUUGGGGAACCUUUGGGGGCUCGAGGACAUCUGCACCAAGAAAAUAUUAGCAAACUUGGCCAGAUCUAAACUCGAAAAAAAAAAAAAAAAAAAAAACAACAAAGCCCAUUCUAGCGACCCUGCCUCUUCAAUUUACAGGGCGCUUAUGAAGUGUAAACGCCACAAAUUCCCUAGAAAUUUAAACCCCAAUUAUUAAAACCAUUAAUUCUGGCGAGUCUGUGCACAGUGGAAUUCUGUUUACAGCCUCGUUAAAUAUCCCCGAU